CGGCCCCGCUGCCACCGCCGCCCGUGGCCGCCAUGAGUGAGGGCAGCGCCGUGCUGCAGGCCGUGCCGUGCCGUGCUGUGUUGUGUUGCCGGCUGCUUUCCCCGCCCGGCCGUGCUCAGUGCUCCUCCCCGCUGUGCUGCCGGGAUCCCGGCCUGCAGAGCGCUGGCUCUGUCAUGUUCAUGUCAUGCUUGGCAUGGAAGUGUCCCCGAGGCUGGCCCCAGCUCUUGGGGUCUCCGUGCCCCCCCGCUGUGAGGUGUGGGCACGGGAAGGGUGCUCGGAGGGGUCGGUGACCCGCCAGGCUUCAAACCCUUCAAAAACCGUGGGGUUUGGUGCGCACUGCCAAGCUCAGAGCGGCAAGGGGGGGCAAGGAGCAGCCGUGUCCCCAGGGCAGGAGAUGAGUCAAGCCCCGGGGGGCUGGCUGAGGACUGGCCACGGGGCUCACAGCUCAGCGGUGACACAGCCCCGACCCGCCGUGCCUUUCCGGGCACAGGCAGCUCCAAGGAACCCCGGGGUGCCGGAUCCCGUUUGUCCUGAUUCCUGGGGAGGGAGGUGCCGAGGCCCCAAUGCCCGUUUUCGGGAUCAGCCCAGCAAUUUUCCAGCCCUGUGCGUCAGCUGAGCGCGCUCCUCAGCGAGGCCUGAGCCUGAAUCCCCGCAGCACGUGCCACGUGCGGGACAUGACGCGCGUCAUGAGUGUCUCCUGGUUAAUGGCCAGCAUCCCGCUCAGCCUGCCACUCGCUGCCUGCCCCCCGGGCUGUGUGCCCCGUCCAGCACGCUGCACCCGCUGCCACCGGCAAACCCAGGCAGCUCUCGGUGGCUGCCGGCCUGGUGCCGGGGCGCCCGUGCUCCCCGCGGCAUGGAUGCGUUCGACUGCACACCCCAGCCGGCUGCCUGCUGCCCCGACUGGAUGGCGGGGCUGCCCGACGCCCUGCCCCUCUCCCGCCUCUCCAUCCCUGGCACCCACGACUCCCUCAGCCUGUUCGGCGGCCGGCGCCUGCGGUGCCAGAGCUGGGGCCUGGAGGCGCAGCUGGCGGCCGGCGUGCGCUUCUUGGACGUGCGCUGCAAGCUGGAGCAGGGUGAGCUCCGCGUCUACCACCUCUGCACCUUCCAGUGGGCCAGCCUGCGGGGCGUCCUGCGCCGCACCCUGCGCUUCCUCCGCGCCCACCCCGGCGAGGCCGUGCUCAUGCGCAUCAAGGAGGAGCUGCCCUUCUUCUCCCGGCCCGGCUUCGCCGCCCGGCUCCAGCGCUGCUUGCUGGAGGAGGGACGGGGCCGCCUGUGGUGCCGCGAGGAGGUGCCCACGCUGGGCCAGGCGCGGGGCAAGAUCGUGGUGCUGGAGGCGCUGGAGCAGGCGGUGCUGGGCAUCCCCUACGAGCAGCUGAGCAUCAGCGAUGCCUGGAACGUGCUCUCGCUGGAGAGGAAAUGGGCCCGAGCGCGGCGGCACCUGGAGGCGGCAGCCGGCGGGGACCCCGCCAAGAUGCACCUCACCUUCUGCUCCGGCAACGGGCUCUUCACCUGCCCCGAGGAGGUGGCUCGCUUCGUCAACCCCCGCUGCUACCGGCACCUGCGGCGCCGCUCGGGGCAGGCGGUGCGCUGGGGGGUGGUCAUCAUGGACUUCCCCGGGGCAGGCCUCCUGCGGCUCAUCGUGGACAGCAACGCCCCGUGGGCGAGUGGGAGCAUCACAGAGGCACCCGGCACCCCCACGGCACCCCGGUGGCGGAGGGGACGGGCGCUGCGGGCGGUACCACUAGGGCCGGUGUCCCCAGUGGCACUGCCAGCCCCACGCGUCCGCCGAAAAACAUCGGUGUCCUUGGGGAAGAAGAGAGGCCGUAGCUCCCGUGUGGCACCGCGAAGCCUUCGUGUGACGGCUGCGUGACACUGCUGGGGCCGGGUCGGAGCCGGGCAGCCCCCAGCUGCCCCUGUGCAUCGUGUCCCAGCAGGAGCCAGGUAGGGUCUCGGCAUGGGGGGAGCGAAGCCUGGCGUGGGUCUGGGACUGAGAAGUUCCCAGCAGAGCAGCAGGGAUGGGGCGGAGGGGGAAGAUCCUGUUCUGCCUCCCCUUGGGACCGGUGAGUCCACCUGGAUGUGCCCUGCGGCACAGCCCUUGCCCUUUCCAUGAAUAACAAAAAGAAGCUAGGAAAUCACUCCCUACGUUUCCUUGCAAUUUCCCAGCAGAAAAGUGUAAAAUAGCAUGGAAAAGCCCCUUUGCUUUUCCUGCUUUGCAAUGAAAGAGCCCAUAGCCCUCUGUCCACUGCCAAAGCACGGUGAAAUUGGUGUUCGCAGCCAUCGUGCUCUUAAACCACAGCUGUGGGAGGCCACUAAGGAGGAAUUAAUUUCAAAGAUGACAACAAAAUGUUGGGAAUAUCCUUCCCCUUGUUAUUUGCGGUGGGUUUUUUGUUUGUUUGUUUUGUUUUUCUUGCAGGGGCUUGCCCCCAGGGUCAGGACUGUUAGAGAGAGGCAACCUCAACAAACGGCGGGGCGAGAAGGCAGGAGAAAUGUCCCCAUCACUGGGCUCGUCCUGCAGGCACCCAGGGACAGCAGCGAGGAGAGGAAAGGAGAGAAGAGGAGAGCUUUCCGAGGAAGGAGGGUGCCUGCAGGGGAGGGCUUGUGUGUCACGGACAUCCCCUCCCAUGUACCCGGGCCAGGUACGGGGAGGUGCCCUGCGCAGAAGGCAGUUUUCCAUGGCUGGUGCAUUUGGCACACGCAGAGAGCUGGCAGGACAGAGCGAAGGGUGUAAACCCCAACCCACCUGUAGAAAAUAACCCGGCGACUUAAAAAGUGACUGGGGAGCUGCAGGACAAGCUACAUGGAGCAGAAAGAGAACCGAGAUCUGCUUGGUGCAGAAAGCACCAACCUGCUGUCAGCGCCCAACAAGGAGGGCACAGAAAGCGCCAGGCAGGCUGCUCGCCCGGCACUGGUGAGAAGAGGAAAGCUCAGCCCCGGCCUGCCAAAAGGUGAAGAACACGCUCAAGGAUGCUUCUGUGUCAGGGAAAAAUAGAGCUGGCCUCGCUGCGUGCACACGGGUGCCUCAGGAUUUCCUGGCAGGAGGAGAGGACAUUGUUUGCUCCGCAGAGGCUGGCUCUGGCUGGACACGAGGCUCUCACUGCUGAGUGCGUUCAUCCGCUCCCCCGGGGUGGCUCUGCCUGGGAGCUGCCGUGGCCGAGGAGCGAGGGGAUGGAGCCAGAUGUGAGGGAGAGGAAAGGCCCAAAAACACGCUGGGGGUGAUGGGCGGGGGAACCCACCUCUGGGCUUGCUCUGUUAGACGUGGGAAGACUGAAAUUGCUCACUGCAUUAAAACAGACUGUGCAGACACGUCUCAAAA